CAAGCAACAGAGGUUCAUACUUCAUAGUUUCAUACUUCAUAGCAACUACAUCGCAAUAUUGCAUGUUCAACGUUAUAAACACUUCUUAUAUAAAUUAUUACCAACUCCUGCGGGGUUUAUAAAAAAUGUGGGACCAAUCAGGAAGUGAAUUUGGAAAUCCGAUGGCCGGUGGGUUCUUCACUGGAACUCCUGGUGGAGGCCAACCAACUCCUGGAGAAAAGAAGGGGGGAGCACAACGAGCUCACAAUAUCAUACCAGUUAACAUUAAGGAUAUAUUGGAUGCAGUUGACGAGAAACUCAAGAUCGAGGACACUGAAGCUCAUAUGGUUACAUUUGUAGGCACUGUCGAACAGAUUGAGUCUAAGCAGACAAAUGUUUCAUAUACAGUAAGGGAUGACACAGGCUCAAUUGAAGUCGUCCAAUGGAUUGAAGGUGAAGGGAAUCCCAUGUCACAUAUUCAAGUUAUGGAAGGAAACUUUUGUCGUGUGGUUGGGUCAAUUAGGCAAACACAUGAUCGUCGCCACGUCAUGGCCUUCCGCGUUGCGAACCUAACUACUGCAAAUGAAAUAACGACCCAUUUGUUAGAAACGCAAUGGGUUCGUAUGAAAUUGAGGCAAAUGAAAAGAAAAAUGGGCCUAGGGCAACCAAUGAACAAUUCAUCGGUAGGCGGUGCUGGAAUGACCGGGCCUUUAGCUUCUUUGUCCAAUCCCUCCAGUGCAAGCGGCAUCCCAGGGGGAUUGUCGAGUUAUCAGGCGAUGGUUUACACUAUUAUCCAGGCCACAACUGCUGAAACUGGUAUGGAAAAGUCCCAGAUUUACAACUCUGUGAAAGGGAAAAUGGGCCAGCGAGAAGUGGAUGCUGCAUUGGAAUUUCUGUGCUCCGAAGGGCAUAUUUACUCUACGGUGGACGAAGAUCACUUCAAAUCGACAGAUAGCUAAACAAAAUUCCAAAUUACCUUACUUUCAUUUUCGUCAAUUGUGUCCUUAUGUAUUCAUAGUCGGUAUCUACCAGUAAAGGUACGAUUUGUGUCGAUUA